GACUGGUUCACAUAAACCGGGAAUAGUCCACUGUCAUUUUCUAAACAUAAAUAAUUCAACUAAUUGUAAGACAAAUGUUUCGGUCAUUGUUGUUCCAUUUGAUAAACGUUUACGUACUGUUUACAGUAGAAACUCUUGAUCAAUGUAGAAAAGACUGUCUUGUUGAUCCUUGGAGUUCCUGGGGAAGCUGUUCUGGUCCUUGUGGACAUCAAAAACAAAUACGAGGACGCAAAUUGUGUUGUGAUGAAGCAUUAAAACCUUGGAAUUGGGAGCAUUGUUUACAGCACUGUAAUUUGCCUAACACUUUUGAAAAUUUGCAAUUCAAACAGUGUCGUGUUUGUAAAAACGGAGGAAAGUUGCUCUCAAUAUCUUAUCCUUGUAUUUGCAGUUCACGGUACAAAGGAGAUUGUUGUGAAGAUGAGGUGAAAUGCAGUGACAACCCAUGUAAACAUGGAACGUGCUCUGACCAUACAUCCUCCUUUGUCUGCACGUGUUAUCCUGGGUACAAAGGCAUAGACUGUGACACUCGUAAGACAUGCAGCGACGGAAUAACCUGUCAGAACGGUGGUUCUUGUCAGGACAGAUCGAAUGGGUUCCAAUGUCACUGCUCGAAUAGGUUUCUUGGAGAGUUCUGUGAAAAAGCUAUAACAUGCAGUGAUUCCCCAUGUCAAAAUGGAGGAUCGUGUAGCAAUACAGGAAGUUCGUUUCAGUGCAAGUGUCUUCCUACCCAUACAGGAAAUUUAUGUGAAAAAGUGAUACUGUGUUCGUCUCAACCUUGCCAACACGGAAGCUGUACAGACACCCCGUCUGGAUUCAGUUGUGCUUGUGAUGUGAAGUAUACUGGUGCUGAAUGUGAUCAACUUAUCAAAUGUGUGAACAGUCCGUGUGUACAUGGUACUUGUCAGGACACGAUUACAGGAUUUACUUGUAACUGCGACCCAAAAUUUUCUGGAAUCACUUGUGACACUCCCAUCAAAUGCACAUCUUAUCCGUGUAUCCAUGGAACCUGUUCCGAUACCCCACUGGGAUACAACUGUCGCUGCGAGGAAAAGUACACAGGGACCAAAUGUGACAGUCUGAUACUGUGUUUGUCUCAUCCUUGCCUGCAUGGAACUUGCACAGACACUCCGUCCGGAUUCAGUUGUUCGUGUGACGUAAGGCAUGAAGGUGUUAAAUGUGGUCAAGUGGUAAAAUGUUACUCAAACCCCUGUGUCCAUGGAACAUGUACCGAUACAGCGACAGGAUUUCAAUGCUCGUGUGAUACAUUCUACACAGGAAGAAAAUGCGAUAAAAGCAAAACAUGCUCUUCGAAUCCUUGCAUUCAUGGAACAUGCAAUGAUACAGCCUCUGGGUUUAAAUGCAACUGUGAAAUUGCUUAUACAGGUGCACUUUGUGACACAUUAAAAAAGUGUUCCUCAAAACCAUGUGUCCACGGAACUUGCACCGAUACAUCAUCAGGAUUUCAUUGUGCAUGUGACACACUCUACACGGGAACUACAUGUAAUACACGGAAAACAUGUGCUUCUAAUCCAUGCAUUCAUGGAACUUGCAUUGAUUCAACCUCUGGCAUUAAAUGCCAAUGUAACGUCAAUUAUACCGGUACAUUGUGUGAUACAGUAAUUACUUGUGCCUCCACUCCCUGUCAGCACGGAACAUGCACUGAUUCUCCCACAGGGUUUGUCUGUACCUGUGAUAGUUCCUACACAGGUAUAAGGUGUGACACAGCUUUACCUAUAGAGGAGUUCCAGGAACUUCUUUUGCCGACAUGGCUUCCUUAUUUAGAAUAUGCCCUGUUAAGCCUGGCGUCACUCACUGGUGUAAUGGCUAUGGGUUGUAUCUGUAUGAAAUGCUGUCGAGCAUUUGGUAUCAUUAGAGAUGACGAUGACGACGAUGAUGAAGAUCAGGAUGAAAAUGACUUCAGGGGAUAUAAAAGGGAUUCUAUAUAUCCACUUGACACCCAAAAGCCGCCAUCGUAUAAGAAACGCGUAGGGCUAGAUUUUUGAUGAGAUGUAAGAAUAAAAAUUCAGACUGUACUAUUCAGAUUAUUUUUUGAAAUGUUGACUUAUUAAACACUUUGCUUAUUGACUGAAGUAUUUUAGGAGUCGUUUUUCUUAUAUCGGAAUAAAGAUAAAAAAAACAGUUUAAUUCGUGUGCAUCGAAAUUAAAAAGGGUCUUUUACCUCUGAUUGCAUUCUUUUAUUUCUUAAAGGUUUGUUUGACAUGUUUGUAAUAUAUAUAAAAGAUUAGUAGCAUAUUAUGAUGUACUUGCCACUUUAGUUUUCGACGUUGCUGUAUGCUAAUUGUUCUUAAUUAUAAAUUAUAAAAUCAAAUCUUAAUUCCCAAACGCUUUUAUGAUUUGCAAUAUAUAAAACUAGUGUUUGUGAUUUGAUAUCUAUUGAUGUUUUGUGAUUUGCACUAUGUAUUUGUUAACUUAUUUCGGACAUUUACAUUGUGAUUUCUGUGACAAGGACUUCAUGUAGAUAUUGCUGAUCACUAGUACAUAUAACAUGUUUUUGAUUAAUGCUAUUUUCAGUUAUGUUGUGUGUAAUUUUAUUGCAAUUGCUUGUGAAUAUUUUUCUUUGUGGGCUUUAUCCUAAUAUGAUUACACGCAUGUGGAGUUUUAUCUUAUUCAUUUUAUUCGUUUUUUUAUCUUUAAAGUUUCCGAUCCAUAUAUAUUACGACCUAUUUUUUCUAACCUUGAAAACAUGUAUCCAUCAUGUAUAAAUAAUCUGCUAUUAAUUCAAAGCAUUGAAGAGUAGAAAAGGAUUUACCGAAAGAAAUUAAAAAAAAUGUUAUUAACCAAGCAGUUAUUAAUUAAUGAAGAUUGCAUUAAGGUCUUCGGAGACAAGCACUUUUUUUCAAAUAAAAAAGUAAUUACUAAGAAUAUAAAUAAAUGCUUCGGUGGAAAUAUGCAUUUAAUCAUUGGGAUUACAAAACCUAUUGAAAAUGAAUUUUAUACCUUUUAGAUUUUUUAAUGAGUGUUUUUUAAUAGAUUAAAGGCAAAGGGGGCAGCUCUUCAAGAACAGGAAAGGUAAUUUAUUAGGACAUAUUCUGCUUUUACAUAAUUGAUACUUAAACAUGAAAAUUAUGUCCAAGUAUUCUGAGUAUGAAUCCCACAGAUAUCUGUUUGCCUCCAAAUUCUUGAAUCUGGGACUAUUAUGGAUUGGAUACCUUCCUUAAAAGAAAUGCUAAACAAUAUUUAUUUUUAGAGUGUUUAUCUAUGAUUCGUAUUUUAUCAAUAUUUUCUUGACCUUAAUACUUCUUUUUAAUAAUUUCUUGCAAAAACGUUUAAUCAUUAUUAUGAGAUAAAAGUUGGGGUUUUUUUUCAACAAACCACCAAAAUAUCUAUAGAUACGUAAAAGGUGUUUCUUAGUCUUCUAUAUAACUGUGUUUCAAUGUAGAUGAACUUUACUCGUGUGCAAACAACACUGGGUUGAAAAAUUACUCUAGUAGACGUUGGUAUUAUGUUCAGUUUCCAUAUGAUUCAUUAAUGCUACAUGGAGUAUCAUUGAAUAUAGAAUUUAAAAUAGCUAUUUAUUUUUGUGGGUUUCACCUUACAGUGGGAAAUAAUUACCUUUAAAUAUAAAAUAAAAUACAAAAUAGAUCUAUACUGCUUACCAAAUUAUUUUUCCUUUACGAUAUAUAGAUGAUAAAAGUUUUGAUAUUGUGACCCCUAAAAACCAUUAACUACGUACCACAUGAAAAAAGUAUUAUAUAGUCUUGGUACAUAACAAUAAUAUAUUAAACAUUUUUGCUUCUAUGAUCUAUUACAAAAUAUUCCCCAGUAAAGAGCAAAA